AUGAAACCUAGACUAGGAUGCCUGUCUAACAAAUCAGAUUCAUACAGUGACUUCACGGCAUUUCUGCCCUCUGAGGAAGGAAAGGCGUACCGCUGUGUAAAGUUAUCCACUGAUGAAGUCAUACGAUGGGCAGAGUCCUUUGAUGUUCUUCUCUCCUACAAGUAUGGCUUGGCAGCCUUUAGAGCAUUCCUCAAGACAGAGUUCAGUGAUGAGAACAUUGAGUUCUGGAUGGCCUGCGAAGACUACAAAAAAAUCAAGUCUUCCGCUAAACUGGUGACCAAAGCCAAUAAGAUUUAUGAAGAGUUCAUCGACGUUAAGGCACCCAGAGAGGUAAAUAUUGACUUCCAGACCCGGGAGUUGACGAGGCAGAAUCUCCGCGAGCCGUCCCCCUCCACUUUCAGCGAGGUGCAGGGAAGAGUAUACAGUCUGAUGGAGAAGGAUUCCUACCCUCGCUUCUUGAGAUCAAAAGUGUACUUGGACAUAUUGAAUCAAACACAGAUGCGGUGUCAAAGAAGGUCUGUUUAG